AUGGACACAAAACCUGCAAUGGCCUCAUGGGAAGAAACAUCACCAAUGAUCAAGUUCGAGGACUCGCCAGCCGAGUCCUUUGUCUCCACACCAGGCGAACUGUACCCUUCACUAUUUGGUGACGCGAACUCGGUUACCGACAACACUGUUGACCCAUCAGACAUGUUGACUCCGCCCGCAUUCAACGACGAAGCCGCCAUUUCGGCGUCUGUUGCCACAACUCCCGCUCCUUCCGGAGCUGAAUCCGUCUCGGACAAGAAACAGACAAAGAAGAGGAAGUCAUGGGGCCAGGUUCUCCCCGAGCCAAAGACGAACCUUCCUCCUAGGAAACGCGCCAAGACAGAAGACGAGAAAGAACAGCGGCGCGUUGAGCGAGUACUCCGCAAUCGUCGUGCCGCCCAGUCCUCUCGUGAACGCAAGCGUCUGGAGGUCGAGGCUCUCGAGCGACGCAACAAGGAGCUUGAGUCGGCCCUACAAAACGUCACCAAAGCUAAUCAGCUCUUGGUGGAAGAACUGAACAAGUUCCGUCGUGAUUCGGGCAUGUUGACUCGUUCUUCAUCCCCUCUCGACCCACUUCACACCAACUCAGUUACCCUAUCCCAAGAGCUUUUCAGCUCCCAGGACGGUCACUGCCCUUCCAUGGAUGAGACCAAGUCCCUUGUCGACGACUUGAUGACUUCAUCUCAGUCCAACGCCACUGUCAAUCCUGCGUCGCUAUCCCCUGAGCUCUCACCCAUUUCCGAGAACAACGAGGUGAACGGCGAGGAGCAGCAAACGGCCGAGACCUCUAUUGCGAAGUCUACCUCCGACCUGACACAACGUCCUGCAGCGAUGUUGUGCGACCUGCAGUGUCAUCUGUCGGAGGAGCUUCCGCAAUCAUGGCUGGCCUCUCAAACCCCUCUGCAUCCGACCUUGGCCUUUUAUCUGCAGCUUCAGACUCUGUUGGUCACUUCAGCGGUGAUCCUUUCAGUAUGUCAGCGGCCCUUGACGCAGAUCGCUAUGUCCUUGAAAGCGGGAUUCUCUCUUCCCCCAACUCCCUCGAUUAUGAACACGAUUAUCUGGCUGGUGACUCUUCCGCCUUCUUCCAGGACCCGUUCGACAUCAAUGAAUUCCUCCACGACGAGGUCAACGGCGCAGCCGUCGCAGCGGACCCGGAAUCCGGCUACGAUGCUGCCAACUCUGAGACUCAAGUCUCUUCAGAGAAUCCUAACCUGCAGCCCCACUCUGGCGCGUCCACUUAUGGAUGCGACGAUGGAGGCAUUGCGGUUGGUGUCUGAGGGGUGCGAUGACCGGGUUGGGGUAUUGUCUGCUGAAUCUCCGGCGCAGCGCGACAGCAACCGACAGCCACGAACAUGGUUAAUCGGUGCAUCGUUGCCGUCUAAAGAGGUUCUCUUGACAUUGGCAUGGGCUCUAAAAAUCGAAGAGCGGAAGUUGAUUCGCAAGGGUCUACUCCAAAGCCAUGUGACAUCAUCCCCAAAACCGGCCGAUAGCACCUCAACGCCCAACAUCAAUUAUGUGUUGACAUUGGCCUCGAAAAGGAAACGAGGAGAGGCGGAUAUGAACGGACCUGGGAAGCGUUUUCGGUUGGCUUGA